UUCUCCCAGUUUAAAGAGCAGAGACGUGGGAAUGCGCGAGUGGGAUUCCGGGCUUCCGCCCUUCGCGGGUCCGCGGCGCGGAGGCUUCACCACUGUUUCCAUCCUCCGCACCAGCCCCUCUGUCUCCGCUGCUCCUUCGACAUUCCCCGAGCCCCGCCCCGUUCCCAGCAGCCCUCCAGACUCCCCGUCCCCCCGUGGCAGACUCCCAGCCCAGAUUUCCCUGCACCCCACGGACGCAGAACCUGGCCGGGGAUGGACAGGGAGACGCGCGUAUUCGCCGAGAGCCACUUCAGAGGCCUCGAGGGGCGUCUCCCCAGCAGGGUUUGUCCGAAAUUGGACCGCGUGGACUUCAUCGAGAAGCCGGACUCCUUUUCCUACGCCGACUUUUUCAAGGGCUACCUGCUCCCCAACUUGCCCUGUGUUUUUUCCAGCGCCUUCACCGAGGACUGGGGCAGCAGGAGGCUCUGGGUGACACCCAGCGGAAAGCCCAACUUCGAUUAUCUGCUUCAGAACUAUGUCUUGUGCCUUGACCCUUUGCUUUCAGGAGACGUGGUUGUACCUGUUGCAAACUGUGGGGUCCAGGAAUACAACUCCAACCCCAAAGAACACAUGCCCCUCAGAGACUACAUCAGCUACUGGAAAGAGUACAUUCAGGCAAACUACUCCUCUUCACGGGGCUGUUUAUAUCUCAAAGACUGGCAUCUGUGCAGGGACUUCUUGGCAGAAGGCGUGUUCACCCUGCCCAUAUACUUCUCAUCUGACUGGCUCAACGAGUACUGGGACGCCCUAGACGUGGAUGACUACCGCUUCGUUUACAUGGGGCCCACCGGCACUUGGUCGCCGUUCCAUGCUGACGUUUUCCGCUCCUUCAGCUGGUCCGUCAACAUCUGCGGGAGGAAAAAGUGGUUCUUCUUCCCACCAGGGCAAGAAGAAGCCCUGCGGGAUUGCCAUGGUGGCCUGCCCUACGACGUGACCUCCCCCACCCUCCUGGAUAGCCGCAUACACCCCAUGCGAGAUCGCUGUGGCCCACCACUGGAGGUCACACAGGAGGCAGGCGAGAUGGUGUUUGUGCCCAGUGGGUGGCACCACCAAGUCCACAACCUGGAGGACACCAUCUCCAUCAACCACAACUGGGUCAACGGCUGUAACCUGGCCAAUAUGUGGCACUUCCUGCAGCAGGAGCUCAGUGCUGUGCAGCAAGAGGUCAUUGAGUGGAGGGACACCAUGCCUGACUGGCAUCACCACUGCCAGGUCAUCAUGAAGUCCUGCUCUGGGAUUAAUUUCGAAGAAUUUUAUCACUUCCUGAAGAUCAUUGCUGAAAGGAGGCUUGUCCUCCUUGCGAAGGGGAUGAGCCCUGGCCAGGUAGAGGGUGGCGAGGACAGUGGGUUGGGCCCCCAGCAGUCCGCAUUUGACAUUGGCCGCAUAGCUGAGGUGCUGGAGUCCGUGGUGGUCCACCCUGACUUCCAGAGGGUGGAUACUAGCACAUUCUCACCACGGCCAGAGGUACUACUGCGGCAGCUGCAAGAGGCUGUAGCUGCCACCACAUCCCUUUAGUGCGUGCUCUGAGGACUGGGUGAAGCACGUCUUUGGGGGAUGCUGGAGGCACCAGUGUGGAGAGCAGUCAUCCUGCUCCAGGAUCCCUUCUGGAAAUAAAGCUCUGCCCUCCUGUGUGGCCUGGGACCUGUCACCUCCCCGUUGAACUGUCACUUCAGUGUCCCAGGCACAGAUCCUGCUCUUAGGGGUCUGGUAUGUCCUGGCUCUCUUUUGGCAUCCCUGGGGCCCUGACGCCUAUCCAGAAGGUCCAGGCCCCUUGUCCUUGUGAGGCUCAGCCAGGACUGGGAACUGGAUCUUGUGGGUGCAUGGGGAAGUGUUGGUCAUUUGGACCCAGGGCAAGGAGGUUAGGAAUGUGCUGGGGACUCAGGAGUGGGGGUGGCAUAGGGCCAGGUUUUUUUCCCCCUUCUUCCCCCCGCCAGCCUUCCCUCAGCAAAGGCCAGCACCCAUGCUGACAACCUCCCAUCCUCAGCAGUGCAGGGCCCUCUGCAGUAGCACCACAGCCCUGCAUGAGUCCACACAUCUCCCACUAGAAGGCCCUCAGUGUAGGGUAGAGACUGAGGCCCAAGGCAGACCCAAGAUCCAAGGCCUAUGUCUCCAUCCCACAUUGGAAUCACUUUAAAUAGAGCGUUCCUUCCCUCUUCUGGCCUAUGACCCUCUUCUCCCCAGCAGGAUCCUGAGAUGCCUGUUAGUCAGAGCUCCAGGCCUCAUGUGCUGUCCUUCAUGCAGGUCUCCCAGAUGUCAUAGGUACAUCAGGUGCUCUUUGGGCCCUGGCAAUAGGGCAAGGCAAAGUCUGUCUCCCUCCUGCUUGCUACAGCAAUACGUUUCCCCUGCAGAGACUGAGCCCACCCUUGCAGCUGCACGCCCAGUGAGGGAGAAUGCCUUGUCUGAGGUCUCCCUGCGGGCCAGGUAGGACUCAAAGGCCAGCUGGAGCCUGGGUCUCUUCGACACCUUAUACAUCAUCCCACUUCAAUUCAUUGCACACCCACUAUUGGCCAUCUAAAGUAACUUUGCAAACUGAUUCAACAACCAUUCUUUGUGCACUCAUUCUGCCCUGUCCAGAAUUUAUCAUUGCACUCUUUUCACACUUGUCUGUACCAUCCAGUUUCCACUUGUUGCACACCUAUAUUAUAUGCAGUAGUCACAGUUUCAGGAUUCUCCAGAGAAAUGGAACCAAUAGAAUAUAUGUAGAAAAAGAGGUGUUAAGGGCUGGUGAGUGUGAAAUUUGCAUGAUAGGCUGCAGACCCAGGGAAGAGCUGACAUUGCAGUCUUGAGUCUAGAGGCUGGAAAUUCAGGCAGGGCUUCUGUGAUCCAAUCUAGAGGCAGAAUUGCCUUUUUGGGAAACCUAGGUCCUUUGCUGUUAAGAUCUUAAGCUGAUUUAAUGAGGUCUGCCCACAUUUUGGAGGAUCAUCUGCUUAAAAUCUCUUGAGUUGAAUGUUAAUCACAUUUUAAAAAUGCCUUCACAGCAACAUCCAGACACGCAUUUAGCCAAAUAACAGCACCAUGACCUAACCACACUGGCACAUAAAGUGGACCAUUGCAAUCACUCGUCACAUAUUCACUGGUCACUCUGCUUCAUCCAGUGCCCCGUUCUUACAUGCCCACUCAGACUCAACAAUAUCUCCUUGCACACUCACUGUGUAAUUAAAAAGCUGGUGACUGUCAUUUCCAGGUCACUUUGCACAUCUGUUUGCCAUCUGGAGUCACUGCAUACUCUCCAUGUGCAGUUCACCAACCAGUCUUUGCGUGUGCAUCCCACUUUCACUCCAGCACACUCCUGUAGCAUUAACAAUCGCUCCUCCCAUGCUCACCAUCAAAUUUUCUAUUCUCACACACUACUGUGUGCUAGUCUAUAAAGUUAUUGCACACACACUGUGCAAGACUGCACACACACUGGGGCCAGGUUAUCAACUGCCCCCCAUGCCCCUCACUCUUCCAGCUUCCCCUCCUACACAGCCAUGUGUGCCAUUUAACAGUGCUUGCACACUCACUGCAAAACAACUACUCUGCACAUUUCUGUGAAUUUAUCAGUCUUUCCUUGCACAUUAGUUCUGCACCAUCCACAUUCAUCAAUAGUCAACUCCGUUAUGGUCGUUAUGUAUAGUUCAGCCAUCAGACGUAGGGUGAGCUCUAUCUUCCUCAUCCUAUGUCUUCCUGCACUCCAGCUUGCAUUCAACAGUCACUUGCGCGAAUCCUUUAGGGCCUGGCAGAGGUGAGCCCUACUGUGUCUGAGUGACAGAACCAUCAGAAAGGAAAAGGUAACUCAGAAUUGCCCCACAAUUCAUCUGUUUCUUGCCUUUAAAGGCUAUAUAUUCAGGGGAGGGUAUUGAAAAUACGUGACAGUAUAGUCUGAAGGCUGUGUAGGAUCCCAGGGGCUCCCUCACUGUGCCUGACAUUAACCCUUUAGUUUCCAAUCCUAGGAGAAGCCUCAGGAGGGCACUCUGGUGAGGGCAGGGCAAUGUGUGUUCCCAUCCAGGUUGGAAGCAGUCUCAUGUUUAAUUGGUAGAGCUGUGUCUGUGCUGUCCAUGGAUUGUUGGUCCUGGUGGUAUACCUUCUCCCUGCCUAUCAGGCUGCAUCUUGGAGCCCUUCCUACAGGAAAGCUUGACAUCUCCAUGACAUAACCAAGCCCCAGGCAGAGAAUAGUGGCCAUUGGUGUGCCUGAUAUGGGACUGGGGACCAUCUAGGACAUUUCUGCAUUAAAAGUUUGCAGGGCACUGCAGGGAUGCUGGGAAUCCUUGUACACAGGCAGCAGGAGUGCUGGUAGAAUGACAUCACAAAUCUUUCCCUGGAAAAGAAAUAAGCAGGGAAAGGAAUCCUGAGGUCAGAGGAGUAUUCCAAUUUAUGUGAAGUACUGACCUUGGCAAAGUGGGGUGAUGGAAAAUCUUGCCUGCCCUCAGUUUGUUUCCUAAUAACCUUCCUCUGCCUUUUUCUUUUCCAUGGUGUAUGUUUUCUCUUUUUCACAAGUUUCUCCACUUAGGGCUUACAGAAUUGCAGAGUUUGACCAACAGUUUCCCAAUUGGUGGUCAAAAGAUAUCUCAAAAACAGAAGCAGAAAGUUCUCCCUCCAUAAUGUAGAAAUCAGCCAUUGUCCUGGGGUAGGAAGUGAUCCUGGCAAGAGUUAACUUUUAAGGAUGCCCACAUUUCAGUGGUUGUUGCUAUGCCUGUGAAAAUACCUUCCGCUUCCAAAUUCCCCAAGUUCUGAGGGGGCUUUCUCAGCUCCUUGUCCAGUUUAAUGAUACUGAAAUAAACAUCUCUGUGAAAGAUGGAUGUGGACAUGUCCUUCAGAGAAGAAUAACUGAUGCUUCUUUCUUCCACAUACAAUAAACUGAUGGCCUUGCAAGACUUACUGAAUGAGGAA